UUAUACGUACGUGAAGUAGUUUUGCGAUACAAACCACUGGUCGAUGUACAAAGCUAUCCAUUACUCACUAGUAGAGCCUUGUUCUGUUGAUUGACUUUCAAGUUUCGUGCUACAUCAAUGAAAAGGCACCAUCUGACGCGUUUCAAGGCCAUCAUCUAUCUAAAUGACGCCCGAUUCCUGACAGCGCUCCUUGGACUGGGGCAUCGCUGUGCUGGGCCACUGUCAGUAAGUUUGUAGCCAUGGCUCAAAGUGUCCACAUCAAGGGGCGCGUCCUUGUGUACACCGUACUCGGCUGUCCGAGCUGCGUGGCCGCGAAGAACACACUGGCUCGUCUCGGUGUCCCGUACGUGGAGGUGAAUCUGGACGACUACGACUCACAGGAGAAGCAGACUCUGGUGAACAGGACGGGAAAGCGCAGCAUGCCCCAGAUCUUCUUCAACGAUAUAUUUGUGGGAGGAUACGAUGAUCUGGCGACACUGACCAAAGAUGAGCUGCAAGGGCUGGUUGACGAAGUUAUCAACAAUACUGCUCCACCUAGCGCUCCAGUCGUGCCCUGCCUCGGUGCUAUUACAAUGGGGUCGUCCUUGGCAGAUGAUCGCGAUCGUGACCAGUAUGCACCGGUAGUGACCGACCUGAGCAGGAGCGGACUGAUACAGACUCACAGGCGCGGCAUCAGGCUGUACAAGAAGUCCUUCGUGGCGGAGGAAUUUGUUCAGUGGUUGUCCCUGAAUGAGAAAUAUUCUUACGAUCGACAGGGCGCCAGAACUGUAGGAGAAGAGUUACUUCGCCGUAAGUUUAUCCGCCGCUUGACCCGUGACGGUGACCAUCAUCAGUUCAGGGCGGACGCCAUGUUGUACAGGCUUCUGGAUGACGAAGAAUGGGAGGCUCUAAAUGCCGGGCCAGUGUCACUCAGCAUCCCGCGGGACGCUGUUGAGCUUUCUAAAGCAUUGCAAGUUUUAAUGAAGAAAAUCUACGCCCAACACAUAUCAUCUGACGGAAAGGUAGGGGUGUAA